AUGGUGGAGCAAUUCCCUCGUUACGCCUUCGCCUACGAAGAUCCGAAUUUUUGGGUGGCUGAAGCCAGUUCAAUUCUCCCAUUAACUGGACUAUCUAUACAAACCACCGGCUGUAUCGUCAUUUUCUUAACACUAGCCGAGAUUAUAGCCGGGGCCACAUUUGUGAUGUGGCAUAGUUUCUACAUGUUGGACACGAUUCUUGUGAUGAGUGACCAUACGAAAACGAUGCAUCGAAAGUUGCUGAGAGCACUUUUUGCGCAGAUAGCCGUGCCAAUGAUUACUGUAGCUAUCCCGUGGCUUCACGGCGCCAUCGUCGUCGUCUCGAGAUGGGAUACGACGCCGCAAUCAAUCCUGAAUGCAACGUGGGCCCUGGACGCUUUUCACGCCAGCAUUUCGUCACUAUCAAUUUUGUAUCUUACCGAACCGUAUCGAAGAUUCCUGCUGCAGAUGGCUGGUAGAAAG